UCCUAAAUUCAUAUCAAAAACAAAAAUAUUUAUAAAUUAUUUUCAGGCCGAUUUAAAAACUCUUUUAUUUGUCACCGCAGUGUGGAGACAUGGAGAUAGAACGCCAACUACUUUAUUACCUUCAGAUACACAAAAUACUGUUGAAAUGAUAAAAGAAAAAUUUGGCGGACUUGGCCAAUUAACUGAAUUGGGCGCCUUACAACAUUUUAAACUUGGAAUUUUACUCAGAGAUAGGUAUAGAGGGUUUUUAUCUGACGAAUAUUCCAAAAACGAAAUAGGAUAUCGCUCGAGGUAG